AUGAAUAAUAAUUCAUUAAUCUAAGUCCAAGUCUAAGAUUAUGUCGAGUCUUAAUAAAGUAAAUCAAACAGAAAACUAAUAUCAAAGAAAAUCUAACCUUACAUGAAGUCUUAUGGUUUGAAGCCAGAGUUCUUUGAAGUGAAAGGUAAGUAAAUUUUAUUCAAAACUAAUAACUCUACCAACCUUAGUAACCUAAAUAAAACAAUGUUUUCUUCUAUAUCAACUAUGAAGUUAUUGCCUUAAAGAAAACCUAAUCCUAAAAAGAUUGAAACUGUAAGAAGAGCAGUUGUCUCCUUAUCAGAUUUCUAGAUUUUACCUCUAACAACCAAAUAUUCCAACUUAUUCUAAGAAAUCUAAAACAGAGAUGUGUCUUAAGUUUAAAGUGAUUAUCCGAAAAAAGCAUCUGUAACAUAAAGAUCGAGUAAUGAUGAAUUUAAAGAAAAAAAUAAACAUGAGAGACUAAAUUUUUGUAAAUAAAGUAUUUAAGAACUUGAAAAGUAUGAUAUAAAUUUUAAUUAGGAUUAAAUAAGUAAAGAUAGAAGAAAUAUAAAAUUUAUAGAAGAGAAUUGAAUCAGUAAAAAUGAUAGAAAAGAAUAAUAAUUCUUAAGUAGUAAUAAAAACUAAUAGAAAUCUAAAUAAAAAAUAUAUUAGGUAUAAAGCAGCAACAAUUAUUCAAGCAUAAGUUAAAAGAUGGAUAGCAUAAAAAAGAUUUAAAGAAUGGAAAAAUAAAAAAUUAGAAAAAUUGAAAAAGAUUAUUACAAUUUAAAAAUGGUGGUAAAAAUAAUUAAAACUUAUAAAAAAUAAGGAUAAAUUUUAAAUAGGACACAAUGAUAACAAAAUAAAGUAUAUAGAUGAUCAUGGAUUUAUAAUUAUAUCUAACUAUUCUUAUUAAUUAAAAAGAAUUAGAAUAUUAUUAAUAGAGAGAAAAGGAAAGCAUAAAUAGGAUUUUAGAUUUUAUUUAAAUAUUAAUAAUUGUUAAUCAAUAUUAAAUGAAGAAAUUACUAAGGAUUCUUAUGAAUUCAAUAUUUUAAUAGAUUUGAUUACUAAUUAAAUAAUCAAUAUUAUACAUAUUAAAAACAAUUAAAUUAAGCUUGAUUUAGAUUAAGAAAAUAUUAUAUAUAUUGAAAGAUUACUUUUAUAAAUUUCAAUUUCAAUUUCAUAGAUUUUAAGUAAUAAAUAUUAAGUAGUUAUAUUUAAAUAAGAAGCUUUUUAAAUUGAAAAUUAAGAUUAAUAAUAGAUUUAAUCAAAUAAAAAAUUGGAUAAUAAUGAAUCAAUAGAAAAUAAUAAUGAUUAAAAUAAUUUAUAAGUAGUAGUCGAUGAAAUAUCAAAAACAUCAUUGAUCAAGUAACAUUCAAAUGAACUUUAAGAAUAACCAUCAUUAUCAGAACAUAAUAGUGAAAACUAAAAUGAGUAAAUCAAGAAAGACUAAAGUAUCUAAAAUAUUGAAUUAGAAAUAGAAAUUAUAUAAAUUUAAUAAAUACAUACAGAUUCUCAUCCUAAUAAUAAUGAAUAAAAUAAUAUUAAUCAAGAUAUUGUAGAUAUAUAAGAUAGUGUAGUUGAGGAAUAGAAAUAAAUUGAUUAAGAUAAUUUUAUUGAGAAUAAGGAAGAGUAAUAAUAUGAAAAUGAUUAAUCUUAAACAUAAUAGAAUUCAAUUAUUAAAGUUAACAAUGAGCAAGAUUAAAAAUAAGACAUUCAAUAAUAAGAUGAAUCUCAAAUUAAUAAUUAAUAAGUAUAGAUGGAGUUAAUCUAUUUGGAAGAUAAGGACAAAGAAAUUUAAUAAUUAAAUAAUUAAGAAUCUGUUGUAUCAGAUAAACAUUAAGAUGAAGAAUUCAAUGUUCAUAUCAAUAAUUCUGAGGAAUAAAAUGUUUUAAAUGAUAUUGAUUUUAAAGAAGAAUAAAUAGGAUUAAAUUCAUUAGUUUAAAAGAUAGAUGAUACUUAAAAUUAAACUAAUAUUGAUAUUAGUUUAGAAAUAUAAAAGAAAAAAGAGAAUCAUAAUAUAAACUAGGCAAUGAAAGAAUAAAUACUAAAUGAUGAUUAAUUAAAAUAAACUGAGAAUAAAGAUGACUCAAAAUAAUUAAUUAAUUAAGAAACCCAACACUAAGAUUUUAAAGAUGAUUUUUAGCCUUACAAAAGUAUUGAUAACAAUUAUACUCUAACUUAAUAAAUUAUUAAUUAAAUAGAUAGUUCAACUCAAAACAAUUUUAUAAAUAAUAAUGAUUAAGAAAUUUAAUCAUCAGUUCAAAAUUUGGAGUAAAUAAUAGAAGAAGAAAAUAAUAACAUCUAAUCAUAAUAAGUUUAAAAACAAAAUGAAGAUCAAAUACAAUAAAAUAUUUAAUAUAUAGAUAUUUAAAAUGAAGAGAAUUAAACUGUAAAGUUUUAAUAAAGUACAGGAUUUUAGGGAGAAUUGUUCACAUCCUAAAUAAUUAAUACACCUUUAUAAGAAUAAGAUUCUUUAGAAUAUUCUCCUGAGAAUUCCCAUGAAAUUUAACCAAUAUAUAUAACAACAUUGAUUGUAAAUGACAUAGAUAUUGAUGUCUAUUAAUUAAAUUUAAAUUUGACAUUUAAGGAUAAGAAUAAUUUAUUAGUAGAGUGUAUUUACAAUAUGCCAAAUACAUUUUAAUAUUCUUUAGAUUUUAUUAAAAAUAAUUUAUAUGUGUAUAUAAUGGAGAAUCACAUAAGGUGUUUAUUAGUUGAUCAUGUUAUUAAAAUUUACAGGUCUGUUAAAAAGUAGAGAUUUAUAAAAUCUGUAUUAUUUUAUUUGAAGUAAAACUUAAUUUUGAUAAGUCUAUAUAAAACAUGUAAUUAUUUAUAUGAAAUUUAGGUUAUAUGAUGUAGAUUCUAAUUUAUAAGAAUGAUAAACUUGAAGAAUAAUUAUCAUUGAGAAAUCUUAACAAAUAAUGUAAAUUAGGUUUGCAAAAACACUUUAUGUCAAUUAGUCCUUAGUUAAUAUUUUGUUAAGGCCAAUAUGAAUAAACGAUAUUAAAUAUAUUAGAGAAGUUAGGUUGCAAAAAUUGA